CUUCGAUAAACUCCCUCCACACUCCCCUCAACACCGUCCAACAGCAACUGCAAUAACAACCAUAACAAAAACAUCCAUCCAUCCACAACUGCUUCCGCUCCCGUCCUUGUCAACAACGCCUUCGUCACCUACCAUCAACUUCUCCAACACCAACACAAUAAACUCCUCAACAUAACCCCAUUCAACUCGUACAUACUUCGCCAUGUCGUUCGGUUACCAAUAUCAAGCAACAUCCUCGUCGGGCGUCCGCUCUCGUAGGAACCCUCACCGUCCUUCCACUUCUCUCAAAUCCUUCCAGAUGGUCCGGCCAAGAGAGGAGCUGACAGACAGCCCAACAGUCCCAACUUUUGUUGAGAAGUUCGAGGCUGGUCGGUCGUUCGACGUGGAGGACGAUUUCGCGUUCAUUCCCGAGCUGUGCACGGAAGAGGAGCGCAUAAUGCUUGAUUCUGGCUCGGAUCGUUCGUCGACGUCAAGCGGGUCCCCUCAAUCGUCACCCCUACAACAUCAGGUCCAGCCGUCACCUGCAUACCCUCACCCUCCAGCGUACGCGAACAUGUUCAGCAACAACAUGCUCAAGUACUCGCCCGUCCCGUCGCGACAGCGCAACGCGAUCCCCAUCGUGAACCCCUCCACGGGUAUGCGUGUGUCGUCGCCGUCUCCCAGCCGUGUCGGAACCCACAGCCUCUCGCGAAGGGCUUGGUAAACCACCAACUCCUGACCCCCCUCCACCCCAUCCUACUAGACACAACACUAUACGCAAAGUUCGGUAAUGCGGCACGGCAAUCAUCCUCC